AUGUACGGUUUGUUUGUUUGUUUGUUUGUUUGUUUGUGUGUGAUAAGUGAGCCUGUGUUCGUGCCCGAGAGAAACACGGACCGGGGAGCGUGUGGUACCGGUAACCCCUGGCCACCCAGACCCCCCGCAGAGUGCCUGACCGACGCGGACUGCCAGGUGCCGGGUGCCCGCUGUGUCAAAGGUUACGGCACGUGCAGACCCGUCAACCGUCAGGCCAUCGUGGACUCACUGGAGCGGUACUGUCGCCAGCAGGACGACUGCCGGUACGGGGAACAGUGUGUGGAGAGUUUCGUGUGCCGGCUGGACGACUCACAGAAGCAGCCUGUUGUCCCGGGAAACCAACAACUGGCCUGUAACCCGUACGGCAGCUGUACUCCGUGCCGUGGAGAUGCAGAGUGUUCCCCGUACGAGUACUGCUCGGACCAGUCCGGAGUUACCACGGGACAGUGCCUGGGCCAGGACUGUUACGGGGACGAAGACUGCGAGGGCGGGCGGUGUAACGGCGGGGACCGUAACUUCUAA